AGGGUCCAUGAAGGCGUCAUCUUGAUUGACAACUCCUGGCUUUGGAACUUUGGAGCUCAAUUUGAAAAAAAAAAAAUGUCUGACUGGGAAGAGGACGAAAACGAGCCUUGUACGCCAAAACCCACAGCCACCAAAUGGACGCCUCCGAGUGACCUGUCGCUCUGUGGAAGUAUUGCCUUCGGUGUACGGAACAAGAGCAAACUAGAAGCUUUUAGGGAGAAAAGAGAGAACUAUGACGCGGGCGGUGGACGAAUCGAGGACCAACGUGGGGGAAAUGAUGUUGAUGGCCGCUCUUUUUCCCGCAGUGACGAACGAGGACCCGACGGAAGACGACGAUUUGGGGAUGAAAAGUCAAAUUCACCCGUCAUUAUCACCGUGGAAAGUGGCCUGGUUGGGAGAAUAAUUGGGCGCGGAGGAGCUAAAAAACGUGAAUUGGAGGAGAAUACAGGUGCGAGAAUCAAGAUCAACGACGGCGCGAAUGGGGCAGAGGUGCUUAUCUUUGGACCUUCUGCCGCUCAGCAGAAGGCCAAAGAGAUGAUGGAAGAGCUGGUGGCCGACAGGAACCCUCGAUCCCACGGCGGUUAUGGAGGAAGAAGAGGUAAUGGAGGUGGAUAUGGAAGAAGAAGAGGAGGAGGAGGAAGUGGCUCGGUGUGGUCCGAUGUACAAUUACAGUCAGCAGAUGUGGCCCCUGCCCGUGCGUCCGUAGACUGGAUCAACAUUCGGGAGAACAUGCACAAGUAUGAAGAGAUGAAAUGGAAAGACUUGCCGCCCAUGAAGAAGAAUUUCUACACGGAGGCCGAGGGCGUUUCCCUCCUCACCGAUGAAGAAGUCCAAGAUUGGAGGAAGGAAAACAACAAUGUAUUUGUGGACGACCUCGUGGACGGCGGGAAGAAACGGGCCAUCCCCAAUCCCUGCCGGAGCUUUCUGGAGGCCUUUGAGCGUUACCCGGAAAUCAUGGACAACAUCCAUCGGGUCGGCUUCGUCAAACCGACUCCCAUCCAGUCGCAGGCAUGGCCGGUGCUGUUGAGCGGGGAGGACCUGAUCGCCAUCGCUCAAACGGGAACGGGCAAAACUUUGGCUUACCUGCUGCCCGGAUUGAUCCACAUGGACGGACAACCCGUACCUCGGUCAGAGCGCAAAGGACCCGGCAUGCUGGUGCUGACUCCCACCAGAGAGCUGGCCUUGCAGAUUGAAGAGGAGUGCGGCAAGUAUCGCUACAAAGGUUAUAAAAGCAUCUGCAUCUAUGGCGGCGGCGACAGAAGGGGUCAGGUCUACCUGGUGAAGGGCGGCGUGGACAUCGUCAUCGCCACGCCAGGACGACUAAACGAUCUGCAGAUGAACGAGCUCAUCAGUCUGCGCUCCAUCACCUACUUGGUGCUGGACGAAGCGGACCGGAUGCUGGACAUGGGCUUUGAACCCCAGAUCAUGAAGAUUCUGCUGGACAUCCGGCCCGACAGACAGACCGUCAUGACAAGUGCCACUUGGCCCACAGGGGUGAGACGUUUGGCCAAAUCGUACCUCAAGAAUCCCAUGAUGGUUUUUGUGGGCACCUUGGAUUUGGCUGCUGUAGGUACGGUGGAGCAGACUGUGCUGGUGCUGCAUGAAGAUGACAAGAAGUCCUACCUGUUUGGCUUCAUCGGGAACUUGCUACCUGAGGAUAAAGUCCUCAUCUUUGUUGGCAAGAAGAUCAAGUGUGAUGACCUGUCCAGUGACAUGUGUCUCCAAGGUCUGGCCGUUCAAAGUCUCCAUGGCGACCGGGAGCAGUGUGAUCGGGAGGAGGCGCUCAAGGACUUUAAAGAUGGUCGCGUUCGCAUCCUGGUGGCCACGGACUUGGCGUCUCGUGGCUUGGACGUCCACGACAUCACGCACGUUGUGAACUACGACUUCCCGCGAAACAUCGAGGAGUACGUGCACCGCGUGGGCCGCACCGGACGAGCAGGACGCUCCGGAGCUGCCGUUACCCUGGUAACGAGAGAAAACUGGAGGAUGGCACCGGAGCUGAUUCCCAUUCUGGAGCGGUCGGGGCAGGAUGUCCCAGUGGAGCUGGUGCAAAUGGCGGAACGAUAUGAGAACCACAAGAGGGAGAAGAUGUUCCCACCUCCCAGGGAUCGAGGCAGUCGAGACGGAGGACGAGAUGGACGAGGAGGAGGCAGGGAUCGUGGCCAAAACUGGGGAUUCUAGUCGGCCUUCCUCUUCAAAAGUGAGGCAGAAGCUGAAGCCUGACGUUCUGAUUUACUUUCAACGUGCAUGUUAUUUUUGUCAUUGGAUGGUCAAGUUGCUAUUUUGUUGUUUUAUCAUUUAGCAGCUACAAAACAUCAUUGUCGAUGUCAAGCUUAAAUGUUUACAUUGGGCCUUUGUUCUGUCUGUAACUUGACCAGUUCACAUGCUAUAUUAUUCUGUUUAAUAGACCUUUAUUCACAUGGUAUGUAUAUACUAUUAAAAUCUUUUAAUUUAAAUGAAAAGUCUAGAUUUUGCCGUAAGUUUACAUAGAACUGCAGCAUUAUGAGUGUUGCAGAAAACCUGGCAAAGCAGCUGAACCCCCCCCCCCAAAAAAAAAAUCCUAUCUGAAGUAUCCCUGUUCUUACCUUUCACAAGCAAAAUGGGUAAGUGUACCGAGUCUGAGUUAGCAAUAAUUUCCAGUACAAUGAAAUAAUCAGUUGGUCUUCCUAGGUCUUGGUUUUGACUCAGUCAUAUUGAUCUUAACUUGUCCUCAACUCCUCAGUCUUUGUCAUAACUUGGACUCGACUCUUUCAAAGUCUUGGAGGUAUAAAGACUUUGUCUCAUCUUCUCAAAGUAUUGGCCUUGACGUGGUCUGAACUCCUUAAAGUCUUGUCUUUGACACCUCAAAGUCUUGGUCUGGACUUUGACUAGACUCCUCACAGUCUUGGUCUUGUCCCAGCUUCAAAGGUUUGGUCUUGAGUUGGCUUCGACUACCCAGUCUUUGUUUGAUUACGGUAGUAGGGCAAUUUAUUUUAAGGAUCUUUUUUAGAAAGGAAAACUGACGGCUUGUACAUGUCUUUUG